AUGGAUGAAGGUUAUCCUCCAUAUGAAACUGAUUGUAUUCAAUUCCAAACACAAGUUCGAUUCGUAACCGGUACAACAGCAACGCCACCAAAUGCUACAUCUGGCUAUCAAGAUAUACUAUUUAACAUUAACCUUGUUCGUAAUAGCCAAUUUGAAAUUUCUCAAGCAAUGAUGGUCAAUGUUACAGUCUCUUGUAGUAACUAUUUUGUUGACGGAUUAUUUGAUAUUUUUUCUGAUAAUCUUUAUUCUAUACCAAUUCAUGAUGGAUCAUUCCGUAGACGUGUAUGUUUUCGUCGUUAUCACUCAAAGGUACCUCACCACGGUGCAGUACAUAAUUCAAAUAGUUCAGACUUUAACAAGGCAGACUAUGACAAAUAUCUCUCUAUUUUUGUUAAUGGAUUAGUAGUUCAAUCCAAUGGCACAAGCUAUGAUAUUCCCACUGACAGCCAAUCAAUAUCCGAUCCUUCCUCCUCUGCUUAUAUUCUCAACGCUUCAUCCUUCUCUCAUUUUGUUGUUGGUGUCAUCUGUAUACAUGUUGCCAUUCUAACUCUCUUAGCCAGCUAA